AUGGCGCGACCCUUCAGCCUCCCCUCCACCCUUCGGGUCAGUGUGGGCAGGUCGGUAGCUGCUCGAGCUCCUCUCAUUGCUCGACAGCGGCACCAUGAUGCUCAGACUCUGCAGGAGAUCAAAGAUGAAGACACGGACUUUAUCCUUUCGAUAUUGAAAGCCUCGCCUUCAAAACGAGACUCCCGUUCAUAUCUCUCCUCAUUUGCCCCUCCCCAGCCCAAACCUCAGCCUUCGGCCAUCCUUGAAUCCGACUCUGCUACCCCAGCGACUACCGACGGUUCACAAAACCCUCCCAAAGAACCGCAAGACAACCUUGUCCACUCCUUGUUGAACCCCGUAUACCGCCGCCCAGCUCUAGUCAAAGUCCAAGGCCCCUUCACGGACCCUCAACUCGACUCUAUUUGUCGCGGUCUGGCCCACCUUCGGAAGCUGGGUCUUGUACCUGUCAUUGUCGUAGACCGAGACGACCUGCCUGCAACAGACCCGGCAGACAAAUUCGAGGCGCAUAGGCAGAGGGCGAUUGUGAGGCAUGAAGUGGAGAGGGUUGUACAGUUCUUGACACGGCACAGGGCACCGGCCAGACCGGUCUUCUCUACUGUGGCGCGGAUAUCGGACCCAGAGCUGGAGCCGGAGGAAGCGCAGAAGGGGGUAUUUGUGGAGGACGAAGGGCUGGACCAUAUCAGGAGGGCCGUAGGAGAAGGCGAGAUACCGGUGCUGCUGCCAGUAGCACUGGACUCUGGAUGUCGCUCGAGGAGGAUACAGUCAAACAAGGUACUGCUGGCGCUUGCCUCUGCCAUGUCAGCCACGUCUUCCAGACCGGUUGACUUGACCCCUCGGCGACUGUUGAUCAUAAAUCGUGAAGGCGGCAUCCCGUCCUACGCCCGGCGAAGCUUCCCUCAUCUUUACAUCAACCUUGCCUCCGAGUUUUCAUACAUCAACCGCACUUGGCUCCCGCAAUGGAAUGCCUCCCACCCCACAGCACUUGCCAAUCUUUCGUUGGCAAAAGGGUGUCUCGCCCACAUGCCCCGCGGAGCCUCAGCUUUGGUUGUCUCGCAUCGUUCACCCACGGCACUGAUAGCAAACCUCAUCACCAACAAACCCGCCCAUUCUGCCUCUCUCCCUCAUGCUCUUCUUGUCGAGUCUGAAGGCCGCAUCACCCGCCACACGCCCACUCUGAUCCGAAAAGGUCUCCCAGUGCGAGUGUUGCGCACCAUGGACGAAGUCGACGAGGAGAAGCUCACCGUCUUGCUCGAGAGCUCGUUCGGGCGAACCUUGGACAGGGAGGCGUUCUACCAGAGGCUGAAAGAUGAUCUGGACUUUGUGAUCGUCAUAGGCGACUAUGCCGGUGCAGCAGUCUGCACCCUUGAAGGGAAACCAUCCAACUCGAGCGCGCCUCCCUUCCAAUAUCCACCAGAACACCCCGAGCCUAUAUGUUACCUCGACAAAUUUGCGGUCCAUCCCUCACACCAGGGAGAUGGCACCGUGGAUUUCCUUUGGGUUGCCCUGCGCGAUGAGACUUACGGUCUUGGUCAACUGGACGCUUCCAACCCUUCUAUCGGUUCCCUUCGCGGUGUUGGUCGAGGCAGGGAUCUCGUCUGGCGAAGCCGUGGAGAUAACCCUGUUAACAAGUGGUACUAUGAAAGGUCGAGUGGGUUUGUGCGAACGCAGGACCAAAAGUGGAAGGUGUUUUGGUGCGAUGCGGAGCAGAGAUUGAACAGGAUCUGGGAGCAGAGGGAGUUUGGGGGCGGAAGGUUGGUGAGGGUCUUGGAGAAGGAGGAGAAGGGCAGAAUUGAGUGGUGGGAGGAAGUGAUAGGAGCCAUCCCAUCAGCUUGGGCAAAGUGA